GAUCUUCAUUUAGCUGGGAAGGGGGUGGGGAGAAUCUUCAUUUUUAACAAGUUUAGCAGACUGGUACAGGUGACCUGCAGCCCCUGCGUUCGGUGAGGGAUUGGCUUCCAGGGCUUUGGAGGUAGUAGGUGAUGUGGGGAGGAUGGACCUGCCUGACCACCUACUGUGUGACCUGGAGUGGGUUGCAUCUUCACAGAGUGUGUCUGCAUCUCUUAACACCAUGAAGUCAUGCGGGUUCAAGGACAUGGACAAAAGGUUUUGCACAGUGCUGUAACAGCCACCAUUUACUGACCUCUGACUCUAAACACAAAAGAGGUCAUCGGUGUGAAUGCCAAGAAGAAGGAAAUAAUGCCGGUGAACAUUUCUUGAGUAUUUACUGUGUACAAUCCCCUGUGCUAAAUCCUUUCUGUGGAUUAUUCUCCAUGAAAUUUUACAACACCCUGAGUAGGUGCUAUUAAUGGCCAUUCUACUAAUGAACUGACUGAGCCACAGAGAUGUUAAGUAACUUGCCCAAGGUCACACAAAUAUGUAACUUCAGAGACUGAGGGAGGGAGGACGGGAGUGGGAAGGAGGAGAAGCAGAUUGUUGAGGGAGCGGCUCAAGAAGAGGAAUCGACCCCAACGCCCACCAGGGCCGGGCGGGGCUGUGUUGCCAUCUGGAGGCGCUGCGCCGCCGGCCACAGUGAAGGCGCGAGCAGCAAGAGUGCGCGCAGGGCUGGAGGGAGUGCAGCCUCCGCCGCCAGCGCCGCGGCGGCACAUGGGCCGACCCCGCCGCCGCACCUAGCAGCUCCGGCAGACCCCGUCUCGCAGCCUGCCGCAGCUCCGGCCAGCCGACCAGCCAUGUCGCUCAGCGGAGCCUCUGAGCGCAGCGUCCCGGCCACCAAGAUUGAAAUUACCGUGUCCUGCCGGAACCUGCUGGACCUCGACACCUUCUCCAAGUCCGACCCCAUGGUGGUGCUUUACACGCAGAGCCGGGCCAGCCAAGAGUGGCGGGAGUUCGGACGGACCGAGGUGAUCGACAACACGCUGAACCCAGACUUCGUGCGCAAAUUCGUCCUCGACUACUUCUUCGAGGAAAAGCAAAACCUGCGCUUCGAUGUGUAUAACGUCGACUCCAGAACCAACAUCUCCAAACCGGAUUUCCUGGGACAAGCGUUCCUGGCCCUGGGGGAGGUGAUCGGAGGCCAGGGCAGCCGAGUAGAGCGACCCCUCACGGGUGUACCAGGCAAGAAGCGUGGCACCAUAUUGCUGACCGCAGAGGAGCUUAGCAAUUGUCGGGAUAUUGCCACCAUGCAGCUGUGUGCAAACAAGCUGGACAAGAAGGACUUCUUUGGGAAAUCAGACCCCUUCCUCGUGUUCUAUAGGAGCAAUGAGGAUGGCACGUUCACCAUCUGCCACAAGACGGAGGUUGUGAAAAACACGCUGAAUCCUGUGUGGCAGCCCUUCAGCAUCCCUGUGCGGGUAUUGUGCAAUGGAGACUAUGACAGAACAGUGAAGAUUGAUGUGUACGACUGGGACCGGGAUGGAAGUCACGACUUCAUCGGUGAGUUUACCACCAGCUACAGAGAGCUGAGCAAGGCCCAGAACCAGUUCACAGUGUAUGAGGUACUUAACCCUCGGAAGAAAUGUAAGAAGAAGAAAUAUGUCAACUCGGGAACUGUGACGCUGCUUUCCUUUUCUGUGGACUCUGAAUUCACUUUUGUCGAUUACAUCAAGGGAGGGACGCAGCUGAACUUCACAGUAGCCAUUGACUUCACAGCUUCCAAUGGGAACCCCCUGCAGCCCACCUCCCUGCACUACAUGAGUCCUUAUCAGCUCAGCGCCUAUGCCAUGGCCCUCAAGGCCGUGGGAGAAAUCAUCCAGGACUAUGACAGUGACAAGCUGUUCCCAGCUUACGGCUUUGGGGCCAAGCUGCCUCCCGAGGGACGGAUCUCCCACCAGUUCCCCCUGAACAACAAUGAUGAGGACCCCACCUGUGCGGGCAUCGAGGGCGUGUUGGAGAGCUACUUCCAGAGCCUGCGCACAGUGCAGCUCUACGGGCCCACCUACUUCGCCCCUGUCAUCAACCAGGUGGCCAGGGCUGCAGCCAAGAUCUCUGAUGGUUCUCAAUACUAUGUUCUGCUCAUCAUCACUGAUGGGGUCAUCUCUGACAUGACACAGACCAAGGAGGCCAUUGUCAGUGCCUCCUCACUGCCCAUGUCUAUCAUUAUUGUCGGUGUGGGACCAGCCAUGUUUGAGGCAAUGGAAGAGUUGGAUGGUGAUGACGUGCGCGUGUCCUCUAGGGGACGCUAUGCAGAGCGGGACAUCGUUCAGUUCGUCCCAUUCCGAGACUAUGUCGACCGGUCAGGGAACCAGGUGCUGAGCAUGGCCCGACUAGCCAAGGACGUGCUGGCCGAGAUCCCAGAGCAGCUACUGUCCUAUAUGCGCACCAGGGACAUCCAGCCUCGCCCUCCACCCCCUGCCAACCCCAGCCCGAUGCCAGCUCCAGAGCAUCCCUGAAUAGCCCACCUAUCCAAAGCCUAGCAGCCUGCUCACCUGCCCACCCACUGCUUCUGCUGAAAGCCAGAGGCACCUGGAACCCUGGACCUCACUGGGAGGCCAGCUUGGAGGAUCGGUACUGGCUGGUCGAGCCCUCUGCCCCCCUCAACCAUAGGAGGGCCUGGCACUCCUUGCCUUCAUGCCAGUAAU